UUUCACAACAACUUCCGGUGAAAAUGGAUCUGAUGUUGAUAUUUUCCUUAACAUGUGUUGCUAUUUUCUUCAUUAUUUUACUGGGUUUAGUGAUGCUACUUGUUACAAGUGAAGCCUACCCAAAUCUUGGAAGAUUUGACAGUGAAAAAGUUUUUACUGAUCCCAAGAAAGAUGAAAAAGAAGAAUUCCCAAGUAUUCAUGAUCCUCCAAGUGUGGAUUUGUCUGUUAUUGUACCUGCCUAUAAUGAACAAGACAGAUUACCCAUGAUGAUGGAUGAGGCUUUGGAGUAUUUAGAAAAAAGACAAACAGAGUCUCCAUCAUUCACGUAUGAAAUCAUUAUUGUUGAUGAUGGCAGUUCAGAUAAAACUUCUGAAACAGGUCUGAAAUAUUCCAAGAAGUGUGGUACAGAUAAAGUAAGAGUUCUAACAUUAGAGAAAAAUAGAGGAAAAGGAGGAGCAAUAAGACUGGGUAUGUUUGUAGCCAGAGGAAAAUUAUUAUUAUUUGCUGACGCUGAUGGAGCCAGCAAGUUUAGUGAUUAUAGAAAGUUAGAAGUAGAAAUGAAGAAAAUAAAUAAAAAACCAGACAAUUUAGCUAUAGUUUGUGGUUCUAGAGCUCAUUUAGAAGAAGAUUCUAUAGCACAGAGAUCUUUUUUCCGUACUAUAUUAAUGAAAGGAUUCCAUUUUGUUGUGUGGUUUCUGUGUGUUCGAGGCAUUAAAGACACACAAUGUGGAUUUAAGUUAUUGACGAGAGAGGCAGCCAUUUUAUUAUUUUCAAAUUUACAUGUAGAAAGAUGGGCAUUUGAUGUAGAUAUGUUAUAUUUAGCACAAUAUUUUAGUGUUCCAAUAGCUGAAGUAGCAAUAGUGUGGAAAGAAAUAGAAGGGUCUAAGAUGAUUCCCGUAUGGAGUUGGUUACAGAUGGGGAGAGAUCUGAUAUUAAUAAGACUAAGAUAUUUGAUAGGAGCAUGGAAAAUUAGGUCUGAUGUAAAAUCUUUAUAGGACAUUUUGUUAUUAGGCCAAAUAAGAAUAUAUGUGUGGUUCAAGUUACCCUACCUACCCUUCUUUUAAGUCUUUAUAAUAGCCUACCCUAAAGAUUUUUAUGCCCCAUUUAUUAUGCCUCAUUUAUGGGCAUUAUGUUUUCUGGUCUGUGCAUUCUUUUGUUUGUUUGUUCACCUGUUCGUUUGUCCCGCUUCAAGUUUAAGUUUUGGUUGAGGUAGGUUUUGAUGAAGUUGAAGUUCAAUCAACUUGCAAUUUAGUACACAUGUUCCCUAUGACAUGAUCUUUCGAAUUUUAAUGCCAAAUUAGAGAUAUUCUUCCAUUUUCACGGUCCAUUAAACAUUGAAAAUGAUAGUGAGGACACAUUCUUGUUUGUUAUUUUUUCAUUAAGCACUGUACAUAUUAAAGUCGAGAAUCUUGCUCUGAAAGGAUGGAUGUUUAAAAAAAAAUUUAAUUAAAAAAAUCCCUACCUUCCAUGCUUACCUACCCUAGAUGAUACCAUGGUAACUGGAACCACACAUACUAUUUUGUUUUACCUUAGUUGUUAAAAUGAAUAAAAUGGUUUGAUUAAGUUAAUUUAUAUGAUUUAUAUGAUUUGUAUGAUUUAUAUUUUUGUUAUCUCCUUUAUUAGUUUAAUACAAUCAUGUUUUGUAAAUCUUGAUUUAAUGUUAGAUUCAAUCCUGGACAUGUACACCCCUUUCAAUAUGUAACAUAAAUAUAUGAAAAACCAUUAACCUUAUAACUUUUGUUCUAUAUGACUGCAAUAUGAUCCCAUAACAAAAUGAAUUCUACAUGCGCUGUAAAUUCAGAAAUUAAAGUGAUGUUUAUUAUUGGGAAAAAUGUGACAGGGGUAUAAUUGCAAUGCUUUAAACUCACAUUUUCAAAGUUUUUGUAUGAAUUAAACAGAAUUUUUAACAAUAUUGCAAAAAAUAAAAUCGCAUUUUAGUCUAAAAUGACAAAAUCUCAAAAUUAAAUGCACACAGUAAAUUCAGAAAUUUGGUUGAUGAGUUUAUAGUUUUUAUUUUAUGAAUAAACAGCCCCAGUUGACCUGGGGUUAUAAGUGGAAAAACAUGUCAUUGGAUAUUGUGAAUUGAAGAUAUUUGCUUUUAGAUGUCUAAUUUUUCUGGAUGAAGAAUUAGUUGGAAGAUCACAUAUUGAGGAAAUUUCAUUAUUAGCCCAUUUUUCUUUAAAUGCAAUGGUUAAUUGGUUGAAAUGUGUGUUUGAAAAUUGGGAGAAUUUAUAUUAAUAGGUUAAAUACAAUAGAUUUUAAUGCAUUUAUUAAAUAAUUGUUCUAUUAAACAAUAAGGUUGCAAACUUAAUGGUAGAUAACUGAUCUUUUUCUGUCUGUCUAUUAUCAACAUCAAUGAAAAAAGAAGUGUGUAUAGUCUCAAACAGAUAUUUGUAAAUCAUAUUAGUUGUCUUUUUUUAAUUGGCUUUAACGAAAACAAAUACUUUUGAUGAGACCCAAUAGAAAAAUGAUAGUUGGUCAAAACUUGCAAAACUGUUUAAAGUAAGUUUGAUGAUAAAAUUUGUUACUUACACCUUUCAUCUAUUCAUAUUUUUGAAUUAUAAACAUAAAAUGGUAGUUUGGUGCAUUUAUGUAAUAGGAGAAAAAUAAUCAUUUAAACAAUUAUAUAUUAUAAAAACACAAUUAUAUAACUAUCACAUUCCAAAGAGACAUAUAUUGUGGCUGGGCUUCUAAAAUGUUGUAUAUGACUUUUUUGGCUAAAAAUACUUUUUGACAACAAUGGUCUGGGCGGGAGAAGAUUUUUGGUUUUACAAAAUAGCAUACAGUUAGACCAAUCAAAAUGUGUGAAAUAAGACAUAUUACAAAAUUGCCAAUGUCAGUUGUUUGUUAAGUGUGCUUCCAAAAUGUCGUAAGAAAACUUGAAAAUUGUUGUAGAAUGGCUUUGGGAAAAAAUAGUUGUACAUUUCUUUAUUUCUGUGAAAAUAAUUUAAGUUCUUGGAUAAUCCAGAAAUGUCCAAAGUUUUUAUUUCACUGCUAUUUACAAAAAUGUUCAAGUUCACAUACGAAAUUUUGGAAGCAUGCAUUUUGCCAAAAUUUUCAAAGCCUGUGAGAUAUUUUUUUCUUGAAAAAUUUGUAAUUUACAACAUUUUUGAUUCCCAACGGAGAUAUGUAUAAAAGUUGCUUUUGCAAUUUAUUUUUUGUAAUUCUUAAUGUUAAACUAGAUGUUAACAGAAAUCCAGAAGAAAAGAUAUUAAUAUUAACAUUAUUUAAUUUUGUACUAAUUUCUAAAGUGAGAAUAUCCUUUUAUAAAUUCUUCUUUUAUUUUUUUAAUGUAUUAAUUUGGAUGAAAUAUAGAAUUGCAAUAUUAUAUUUAGUCAGUCAAAGGCAAACUUUUAAGGGAGGGUUAUGUAUAUUGGUUCACAAAUUGGAAUUAUUCCACAAAAAUGUGUUUAUUACUUGUGUGUCAUAUUGAUUUUGAUGAAUAGUUUAUUUUUCUAUUGAUGACUGCUUCUGAUUGUAUUUGACGUGAGUGAAUUCUUAAAAAGUUAUGUAUUUCUUCUUGUGUACAUUCACUACACAUUAUAUUACAAAAAGGUGCUUGUGUUGUAUAUUAUACAUGUAGGUAAACAUACGUAUCACAUACAGUGUACUUUCAAGUAGAUAUGGCCAUGGAAUUUGAAUAAUUGUGAUAAUAUCCUUUGAAUGUACUAGUUUCUUUGAUAUGUUAGUUUAUUCAGGUUUGAUAAUUGUAUAGCAGAAAAGAUAUCUGUUUUUAAAUGGUAAUUAGUUGUUGUGUAUUUGAUAUUAAUAACUUUAUAAAAUAAUAAAAAGAAUUAUCUAAUGCAAAGAACGAGAACUUAUGUAUAGCAAAAAUCAAAAGAAAUUUGCUCAAUAAAUCAUUUUAAUCUUUUAUUUUUUACUUUAGCUUUGAAGUUUUUGUGUGGUAAUUUUUCACAAUAAGCUACUUUGCUACGAAUGAUUUCUUUCAUAAUAUCUAAGGUUUUAGCACUCGGAGAAAGUUUCUUGGCUACAUUUUAUGUGUGGGCUUUCACCCUUUAAUUUCAUAGUGGCCUGGAAACUCCCUGUUGUUUUCAAAAUCCUAGACAUGAUAGAUAAUCUAAAAUUUCUUUUCAAUAUCUUUCUUCCUGUAUCUGUAUUUUCUUAACUUUUUGCUAAUUUCUAAACAUUUACAGAACAGCUGUGAUCUACCAUUUUUCAAUCCGAAAUAAAAGAUAUGAAUUUUGAUUGUAAGAUAUUUUAUGACAAGAGUCGCAGUAUAUGAGAUGAAGUUAUAACUUGGAGGAGACAUUUGAAUGGAAUUGAU